AUGGCAGAAGCUCUCCAGAAACUGAUAUUAGAUACCUUGGAGGCCGAAACUACUAUCAAGGAUACGCGAUCUCUCAUUCUCCCUGGUCAAGCACAACCAGCUUCUUCAAAUGAAGAUCAGAUCGUCAUCUUGGGAGCGCUGAACUCUUUGCUCAGUCGCGACAUGAUCCAAUACGAAACACAUGAAGUCAUAACCCAUGUCAAUACUGUUGAAGGUGGUCAGAUCCUGAAAGACGGUUCUCAUGAAGCACGCGUCUGGUCUGUCCUCCCUGUAAAAGGUCAUGGAGAACCCAUGACACCCGCCCAGUUGAAAAAGGAGGUUGGAGAAGAGACAGCCAAAGUCGGCCAAGGAAGGGCCUUCAAAAAUGGCUGGAUUAACAAAGAAGGUGCUGGAUUAGUGAAAGCAGUAUCUGAAAUUGAAGAUACCACGCAAAAGGAUCUCCAAGAGAUUGCUUCAACUGGCACUUUGAAGGCUGGAGAGAAGGUUCUCGUCGAUUUGCGAAAACGUAAACUCGUCGCCCAGAAAAAAGGGCAAUGGUUCACAGUACAGAAGGGACCCCAGUUCAGCACCUCAACUGCGAAGCCUGAGACAGAUUUAACGGCCGACAUGCUUGCCUCUGGCUCUUGGAAAACUGCGACAUAUAAAAAAUACAACUUCGAGGCAGAGGGUAUUCCUACAUCAGGAGGAGCUUUACAUCCUCUGUUGAAAGUACGCGAGGAAAUCCGGAACAUCUUCUUGGAGAUGGGUUUCGCAGAAAUGCCAACAGCCUCUUUCGUUGAGUCUGGAUUCUGGUGUUUCGACGCGUUAUUCGUGCCACAGCAACAUCCAGCAAGAGAUUUGCAGGAUACCUUCUAUCUAUCAGAUCCCAAGCGUGCUCUUCCACCCAAUCCAGAGUACUACAAACGCGUGUCGACAGUUCACGAACACGGAGGGUUUGGGUCCGCAGGAUAUCGGGCGCCGUGGUCUCACGAAGAAUCGAGCAAACUAUUGUUACGAACACAUACGACUGCAUCGUCAGCGCACAUGCUCUACAAACUCGCCGCAAGAUGUCGAGGAGAGGAACCGCAAGACGACACCGCAGAGUUCACUCACGGCGCCACUUCAACAACAGGACGGAAAGGCGACACAGGGAAGAAUGACGACGGUUUCCGGCCAGCCAAGUUGUUCAGCAUCGACAGAGUAUUCCGGAACGAGACCAUGGACGCCACUCACUUGGCGGAAUUCCACCAAGUAGAAGGUGUGGUUGCAGAUCGUGAUUUGACGCUGGCCGACCUCAUUGGUUUCAUGAGGGUUUUCUUCAGCAAAAUGGGUAUCGAACAAGUCCGCUUCAAGCCUGCGUAUAAUCCUUACACGGAGCCUUCCCUGGAAAUCUUCGCUUUCCAUCCUAUGCUGAAUCGUUGGGUGGAAGUCGGAAAUAGUGGCAUGUUUCGGCCCGAAAUGUUGGAGCCUAUGGGCUUCCCGAAGGACGUUCGGGUCCAUGGAUGGGGUCUCAGCUUAGAAAGACCGACAAUGAUUCGAUACGGGAUCAACAAUAUUCGAACGCUGGUGGGACACAAAGUUUCGAUAGAGGGCAUUGAGAAUUCUCCUGCGGUAAUGUUCUAG